AUCACUUCCAAACAUCACACGGGCUAUUUAACAAAGUUAAGAAAUGUCGUGAUCGGGCCGACACAGUGAGAGUAAAUAGAAGUGAAGUUUCAAGGAAGUGUUCAAAGGGAGGAAUUCAGGGUGACGCCGCUUGAAGUUGGAACGACGCCCCCGUGGCAGCUGUAAACAACAUGUUUGGGGAAACGUUCAAAACCUUUUCUGUAAAUUUCGUCUCGCCUAACCCGACAGGCGUAUUUCACAGAGGUGAGGUGGUCUCGGGCGAAAUGCGCUUUGAGCUUUCCAAGCAAGUCAAGAUUCAGAAAAUGACAAUGACCGUCAAAGGCAAAGCGAAGGUUCAUUGGACCACUCGAAGCGGAAGUGGGAAACACCGCCACACGAACCAUCACCAUGGAAAAGUGGUAUUCUUUCAGCUGGGAAAUGUUGUUCUGCAACCCCAGGAUGGUUCGGAAGAACUCGUUCUUCAACCGGGGGUUCACGUGUACCCCUUCAGCUGCCUUCUUCCCCAAGGAGAUUUCCCAUCCACCUUUGAGGGGAUUCAUGGCAAGAUCUCCUAUGCAGUUAUCUUUGGGAUUCACAGAGCAUGGCACAUGGAAAAAACCUUUGUCUCAGAAUUCAAGUUUGAACGACUGGUCGAUAUCGGUGUUCCUCAACUUUUGUUGCCCCUAUCGGCCACCACCAGUAGGAACCUUGUCUGCUUCUGCUGUGUCUCAGGGGAGGUGUCUAUGGAUGUGCAGAUGGAGAGAAAAGGCUUCAUUCCUGGUGAAACUAUAAAAAUAACGGCUGAAUUUGGGAACGGCACGUCCAACAUUGUUGAACCCAAAGCGACUCUUGAGCAGACAGUGACCCAUUACACCAAUGGAAGAGGACUAAAGCGCAUCGUCGCCAACACCCUGAACAGCACCAGGGGGCAGCCUGUGGAGCCAAACACCUCAGACGUUCGCCGUGAUAUGACGCUUACCAUCCCCGGGAAUGCCUACGCGACCCUGGAAAACUGUGAGGUCCUGGUUGUCGAGUACUCAGUCCUGGUGAGUCUGAAGGUUGGAGGAUUCUCUGGACUAAAGGCCGUGUUCCCCAUUGUGAUUGGCAGCUGCCGUCUGCAGCCUCAAGUGCCUCCGCAAGACUUUCAGCCACCCUCUUACAAUGCAGCCUUGAACAUGUAAUGUGCUCAACUUGAAAAAGAAUGGUCGUCGCACACUCAGAACUUCAUGCAGUUACA